ACCAUGUACCAAGUAAAAUGUUACUGUUUCCUCGGAUUAUGUACAAUUAACUUGACCAUGAGGUGGCAGUGAAUGUCUACAUUGCAUGACGACCGUUCCAGCUGACUACGUUGUAAAGGGAUGCAGCUUCCUCAUUCUGGAUAGGACAAGAGGUUAUCUUAUCAGUUAACCAGUUAAUCACUCAUCAGGAAAUGACGUACAUGGUUAAAUAAUAGUUAAAUAAAAAAAUAAACCCUUUCAUACUGCCAUUGAAUGCUUCACCAUGCCGUGAAUGAAGAGACAUGCAGCCAUUGGUGGUCUGGAACGGACCCGGCGUUAAAGGGCGUGGAAACUGAGAGGUGUGUGAAUACAUUUGUAAAAGUAUAUCUGAAAUCUCUGAUAUGGUACACAGAUAGCCUAUCUUUCACGACCACUGUGGUUUGUCUGUUAGUAGUGCCUCAGAAGGGGAUUUACAGUACUACUCCCUGGAGUCAAAUUGCUACAAGCCCAAACCAUGAUUAUGAACUUAACUGAGGAGGAGAGUCAAGGAUUUUAUGCAAGAGGUUCCCACACUGAGAACAUCCUGUUUGCUAGCUUUUACAUCCUGGUCUUUUUGGUUGCUGUGCCCACCAAUAGCUUGGCGCUGUGGGUGUUCUGCCGCCAGGUCAUCAACUCGCCCUCCAAGCUCUUCCUGAGGCACCUGGCCAUAGCCGAUGUCUCCUACGUGCUGAUCCUCCCCAUGCGGAUAGUCUACCACUUCUCAGACAGCAGCUGGCCCUUUGGAGAUGUCCCAUGUCGACUGGUGGGCUUUCUCUUCUACCUCAACAUGUACGGCAGUCUCUACCUGAUGGCCUUCAUCAGCCUGGACCGCCUCUUCGCCCUGGUCCUACCUCUCCGGUCGCGUUCAAUUAGGAGGGUCUUGUAUGCCAAAGUGGUUGUAUUCUUUCUGUGGGUGACAGUGACAGUGUCUAUGGCACCCUUGCUGUUCUCGAACAAACGAAUGAUAACCAUUCAGGUCAACAAUAACACAGCUGUGGUCAUGUGUUACCAGUUGUACUUGGAAAACACAUCGGUCAAAUCUUUGGUGUCAACUGUGGUGGCGUUUACUAUUCCUCUGCUCACCGUUUUGGGCUCCUAUAUACUGAUCCUAUUGAGACUGAGGGGUGUCGAGCAACAGGAGAAGCCGUUCAGAAGCAAGGCUAUGAGAAUGAUUGUCCUCAUCAUGGUGAACUUCCUGGUUGCUUUUGUGCCCUAUCAUGUGAACCGUUUCAUAUACAUUUUGAGACACACUCAAACACACAUGAAAACUGACACCAUUAAGGUUCUGGCACUAGCCAAUCGAGUCACUUCUGCUGUAACCUGUGUGAGUGGGGUUUUGGAUCCUGUUAUGUACUUCUUUCUUGCAAGGACUUAUCAAAGUCUACUGCUGCAGCUGUUCUGCAGAAGGACCUUCCAACCACCACCUGAUCUAUAACUCGUUAUUGAGCAUUAAGAUAGAAGAAAGGCCCUUUGUGUAUGCCUGCAGGAAUGAAAUUACAAUGUAUUAUAACAAAGCCAAUGUACAGUGUUGAAUCCUAUAGAUGCUGAACGCUGUAGUAUAUAUAAGAAAAAAGGGGGUGUUGUAUAGAGCCAAUGUCACAAAAUGCUAAAUAUCUGUUAAAACAACGAAAAACAUAACAAUGUAUAUUUUAGUAAAUACAUACUGACUUGUGUAAAUGUAAAUGUAUG